UGACGCGUGUGCGCGUGCGCGGGAGUGUGUGUGUGUGCUCCCCUGGAAUACACAGGCGGCGGCGGCAUUUGGACUUUUACUCCAAACAGGUCAGAAUUUCGAUGCCCUGUGUUGAACCGCAGCACAUACCCCCGCCUCAUGACACCCACCUGGGCCCUGACCUGACGAACCUGGACCUGGUGAUGGACCUCAGCGGGCAGAAGGAGCAGCUGUCCACGUCCUUGUUACCCAGCAUCAACACCUUGGUGGGGGGCGGCUACGUCGGCGAGUUUGAUGCUUACUCCUGCAAGGUCAGCGCCUCGCCGUCCUUGUCGGCGGCGUGUGAGAGCUGGGACUGCCCCGUGCAGAACCCGGCCUACAAGCUGGAUGAUCUGCAGGUGUACGGCUGCUACCCGGGAUCCUUCACUCUCAGCUGCCUGGAUGAGACGCUGUCAUCGGGCGGCUCCGACUACUACGGCAGCCCGGGUUACUCCGCCGCGUCCCCGCCCACGACGGGCUUCCAGACACUUUGUGCGCCUGUGUGGGAGGCGCCCUUCAGCCCCUACAAUUCAGUCCCCUCCGCUGAUAAGAAGGACUCCUUCUUGACCUUCCCCCCGACGCCGGAGCAGCCCUCUCCGCCGGCGGUUCCGCACCAGGAUGCUCUGCUGGGUCAGGACCAGACUUUCUUCCUGCCUCCUCAGCAGCAGGUCUAUCCCCUCCAGUGCCCCGCCAUGACCAUGGAGCACGGCGGCAGGGUCAUGGAAGACUCGCCCAGGGUCCACAACCCGGGUUUGAGCGAGGGCCGCUGCGCCGUGUGCGGAGACAACGCCUCAUGUCAGCACUACGGAGUCCGCACGUGUGAAGGCUGCAAAGGUUUCUUUAAGCAGCAAGAGAAAAUGAGGCAGCAAGUGAAGGAAAGUCUUCUUCUGACAAGUUAA